AUGGCGGACACCAGCACCUUCGCGGCGCCCCCGCCCCCGUGGAUGCCAUCCCCUGCGAUGUUCUUCACGCCGCCCGCGCUGCCGGGCUACUACCAGGGCUCCGCGGCGGGCACCGUGCCGGAGGCGCCUCGGGAGGGCGGGGGCUCCAUCGGCACGUUCUUUGGCGUGCUCGCGGCCGUCCUGGUGCUCACCGCGGUGUCCUGCGUCUUUGGCCGCGUGUGCCGGGCGCAGGCCGAGGGACCCGACGAGGUGUACGACUGCGCGAGGCUGUCGCGGCGAUGGCGCUGGUGGAGCGCGUCUCCCCGGAUCGUCAGGCGCGGGGCCAAGCCGCCGCCCGUGGAGGAGGUGCCUGCCGCGCUGCCGCUGCCGGAGCCAUGA